CCAGCCAACUCUCACAAACCUCAACCAAAUCGCCAUCUGAUCAAGAAGCCCAAAUAAUAUCAGACAAAAUGUCGACAAUACAACAGUUGAAGAACUUCAUCCGACACGGAAAGCAAGCCCGCACUGCAAACCCUGAAGAGCCGGCGCGGACAAAACAGGCCGACCACUCUGCCACACAACAUCACCAGCCCACAAAGAUGGCGGCCCCUGUCUCAGAACCCAACCUGGGAGGCUCUCCGCCACGCAACCACCAAGCGCCCGUUCAAGAUGCCUACUCGAACACGCAAGUUGACGGCCACAACCGUGUCGCGCAGGCUGGCCAUGCCGCUGCCCAUUAUGCCGAGGCCGACCAAAACCUAGCACACAAGUCCAAGUCAAAGACCAAGGUUCCCGACGAGAAUAUUGUCAGGCUUGUUGCGGAAGAAAACGCAAGCAAGAGCAAAUUUCCCAGGUACCCCGGCCUUGAGCGAUGGGAGCUCGUCGAGAAGAUGGGCGACGGUGCCUUCAGCAACGUUUACCGCGCACGGGAUUUGGAGGGUAACGCGGGCGAAGUAGCCAUCAAAGUUGUUCGCAAGUUUGAAAUGAAUAACAUGCAGAGCAACAAACAUCUCCAUCCGGACUUCAAGCCAAAGGCACCAAAGGCUGCAGAGCGAGCCAAUAUCUUGAAAGAGGUGCAAAUCAUGCGCCAGCUUGACCAUCCCAACAUCAUCAAGCUUGUCGACUUCGCCGAGUCUCGCCAAUACUACUACAUCAUUCUUGAACUGGCACCUGGCGGCGAGCUGUUCCACCAGAUUGUGCGUCUGACGUACUUUAGUGAGGAUCUCUCCAGGCACGUUAUCACACAGGUAGCAAAGGCUCUGGAGUAUCUGCACGAGGAGAAGGGUGUAGUCCAUCGUGACAUCAAGCCUGAAAACAUCCUCUUCAGCCCCAUUCCAUUUAUCCCCUCGAAGCACCCGAAACCCAAGCAGCCAGGUGAUGAGGACAAAGUUGACGAGGGCGAGUUCAUCAAAGGCGUAGGUUCUGGUGGGAUUGGUCAGAUCAAGAUAGCCGAUUUCGGCUUAUCCAAGAUCGUCUGGGACAAACAAACCAUGACUCCCUGCGGCACUGUCGGGUAUACAGCACCCGAGAUCGUCAAGGAUGAGCGGUACUCCAAGGCCGUCGAUAUGUGGGCGCUGGGUUGCGUUCUCUACACUCUUCUUUGCGGCUUCCCACCUUUCUACGAUGAGAGCAUUGAGGUCUUGACGGAGAAGGUUGCCAAGGGCCAGUAUACCUUCCUUUCGCCAUGGUGGGACGAUAUCAGCAAAUCCGCCCAGGAUCUUAUCUCGCAUCUUCUGUGCGUCGAUCCCGAGAAGCGCUACACGAUCACAGAGUUCCUCGCGCAUCCUUGGAUUGCCGGCUCGGGUCCUACGCCAAGAGACGAGCGGAAGAACCCAGACGGUGUGCUGCGGGCCUUCGAUGCAUCCAAGAUUGUGGAUGGAGACAGACGUUAUGACUUCCGUUCUCCAGGUGCUGUCAAUCUGCGCGAAGUGUUUGACGUUGGCUAUGCCGUCCAUCGCCAAGAGGAAGAAGGCAAGAGACGUCAUAACCUCGGAGCCAAGGCGGGCGUGUCUCGUCUGGUAGGCCUCGACGAGAACUCCGACGAGGGAGAGGAUGUUGCUAUGCAUGAUGUCGUAAAUGGCAAGCAAUACCAUACAUCUCUUGAGCAAAGCAUGCGCAAUGCCCAAAUCAGGGAUCAACAACAGGAGCAACGCGGUAGGGACCGCGAGAGGAAGGCUCACCCACCCCCAGCGGCCGCUGAACAAAGGGGCUAUGGUCAACACUCCGCAGCUGUCACGGCUGCCGCCAGACAACAGGUUCGCGAACGCAACCGACAAAAGGGUGCAUUCGAGCUCAAUCUGGAUGGCGCCACUCUGCUCGGACGGCGAGGAGUUAAACCGUCUGCUGCUCGAGUUGCAUAGGGUGACAACCCAGAGGCGACAAAGCCUGACGAGAAGCAUGUCCAAAAGACAUGUGACGAUGAUUUGCUUGCGAGUGAGGCGAGGUCUAAGCUGCAGUUCAACGAUACGUAGGAGCAAGGGAACGUCGAAAGGAUAUUCAGUUCUGUUGUGCAUUUUUUCAGGAGGAGGGUGUUGGCCGACGGAGAGCCAGCAAUAGCGUUGGGCAUUUCUCAACAUUUCCAUUCUUCUCAACCCCCCGUUUAGCAUUUUUCAACGUUUUGGAAGCGUACCAUCAUGUCGUUUUUCUUGUUGUUCAUGAGACUAACAGGUUUGGCCGUCGAUAUGGGGAAUUUUUGGUCAUCCCAUCUCAUAGCGCUACAUUACGGUGUUGGAGGCCAAUUGAUAGGUUUUGUUUAUUUUUAAGAUUAGGAUGCUUCACU